AUGACUACAAGAAAUAUAACCAUAAUGAGUGGAUUUCUCCUCAUGGGGUUCUCUGACAACCACGAGCUGCAGAUCUUGCAGGCUUUGCUCUUUUUGGUGACAUACCUAUUGGGCUCAGCAGGGAACUUCAUCAUUAUCACCAUCACAACACUGGACCCACAGCUCCAGUCUCCAAUGUAUUACUUUCUGAAGCACCUUUCCAUUCUGGACUUCUCAUCCCUCUCUGUCACAGUUCCCCAGUAUAUGGAGAGUUCCCUGGCAGGAAGUGGAUACAUUUCAUAUAGCCAGUGUAUGCUGCAGGUUUUUUUCUUCCCAGCUUUGGCCUGGAGUGAGAUGGCCAUUCUCACAGUGAUGUCAUAUGACCGCUAUGUGGCCAUCUGCCUUCCACUCCACUAUGAGGUCAUCAUGAGUCCCAGAAAGUGCACUUGGGCUGUAGCAGGUGUGUGGCUAAGUGGAGGCAUCUCAGGAACAUUAUACACAGCAAGUACUGUCUCUAUCAAAUUCUGUGGGGACAAAAUAGUUCACCAAUUCUUCUGUGAUGUCCCCCAGCUGCUCAAGAUCUCCUGUUCUAACGAUUACUUUGGAGUACUGAAAGUGUCUACUUUCAUGUCUGUAAUGGCCUUUGCCUGCUUCAUGGGGAUUGCCUUCUCCUAUGGCCAGAUAUUUUCUACAGUUCUCAGGAUGCUCUCUGCUGAAGGCCGAUCUAAGGUCUUCUCCACCUGCCUGCCCCAUCUUUUUGUUGUUUCAUGUUUUCUCUCAACAGGGGUUGGUGCCUAUCUAAAGCCAACCUCAGGCUCACCAACUGCUUUGGACCUCCUGCUCUCUAUCUUUUACACAAUACUACCCCCAAUCCUCAACCCUGUUAUCUAUAGUCUGAGAAAUGAGUCCUUGAAGGGAGCUAUAAAGAAGUUACUUUUAAGUGAAGAAUUCAUUGGGAAAAAUUAUUUUUCUUCUGUCUUUAGUGCCUGCUAACACUGGACACAAAGAAAGUUUUUAAUAUAUUAAAUAUGUUAGAUAUGUAAUGUUAAGAAUAACACAAUAUUUUCUAGAAAAUAUAUAUUAUAAACCUAUUGUAUAGCAAGUUUUGGUAUGAUUAUUUGAACCUAUUUUAUUAAAUUUACUUAGGUAAAUUUACUUAUACUUUUUUCAAGUUAGUGAAAAAUAUAUGAUUAUAAUCUAGUAAUAUAGACCCAAUUCUUCCUAACUCUUCCAGUCCAUUGCCACAUGGUACACAUGUGAACUUACCAUCAAUCCUAACAUGGGUUUUGCAAACAUGUUUAUGGGAAUAUCAUAAUAAUAAUAAGCAUGAAGGGUAAUCACAGUCAUUUGUUACUCAGUUCACCAAAUGGAUCAUAAUUAUAAUAUUUAUCACUUAUUUCAAAGGUUCAUGUUUCUAUAUUUUCAUAUACAAAUUUUAAGGAACAUGUUUAGCAUGUUUAGCAUGAACAACUAUGCCAUUUCUAUGCAUAUCUAUAUAAAGUGAUCAUUAUAGUUCUCUUGGGUGCCAAGUAUUCAAUGUAAUUAAUAUACAAAUAAGCCUCAGUUGUUUAACUUGUAUCAUUUACUAUUAAUUUUCAUUUACUAAUAAGUCAUUUUAUAACAUAAUCCAAAUACUCAGAGGUAGAAGCAGGAGGACCUCUGUGAUGUGUUUAGGCCAGCAUGGUCUAUAUAGUAAAGAAGAUAACUGCUAAAAAGUCCUAAAAACUUUCUUGCUCAUUCUAAGGGUUAAAAGCCUCUGGCUUAGGCAAUUAACACCUGUAGCCUAACAGAGAUGAAUUAAGUAAUGCAGCCUUUGUUCUAUCUCCUCAGAAAUUGCUGGGCUCUAACUUUCAGCCUGCUAACUGAAGUCCCAAGGAAGAAAAAGGGACACUUUGAAAAGUGAACUUACCACGCAUUUCUAAGUUGUAAAAAAGGUUCCUAUGAAAGCUCUCUAAGAAACAAGGGAAAAGCACAAUGAAUCAUGAUGAUGAUGAUGAUGAUGAUGAUGAUGAUGAUGAUGAUGAUGAUGAUGAUCUCUUUGUCUUCAACACUUAUACAUCUUUCAGAAUACAUGAUCACAUAGUAAAAAGUUCAUCACAAGUUUACACAUGAAUUAAAAUCAUAAAUCGAAUAAGGAGUUUACAACAGAGAAUGUUUACAUGCAUAUCCAUUAGUAAUUAUCUGGCUAAACAUUCAUCACCUGUUACAUAUCUACAAAUUCAUGGAGCGUUAAACCCCAUAACUAAGUUAUUAGUGAAGUUCUGUAUAGAUAAACCCAGCACCUAUAAUAAAUCAUAAUUCCCUUUUGAUGAAUGUAAUGGGAAUGGCAUAAGAAUCAUACACAUAUAAACAUUUGUAUGUGUGUGGGUGUUUCAGAGAGAGAAAGAGACAGACAGACAGACAGAUGCAGAGAGAGAAACAAAGGGAAGUGGGGUAUCUAAUAAAUAGAGUUUGACCCAUCCUAAGGUAGGUUAGAGAUUUCUAGAAAAAGAAAUCUUUUUGUAGUAAAAUAAUGGUCAAAGGUACCAGAAGCUGAAAAUACAAGUUUUUUUUAAUCUCAAUAGGAAAGUAUCAAAAUACUUUGAGAUAAUAUGGUAAAGUUAAGAGAGUUGUGGAUGAGAUCAUAGAACUUAUGUGUAACUCAAGGUGAAUGACACAGACCAUGCAGAAAUGACCAUUAUUAUGCUCUGACAGAUCAGAUCAGACCAGGCAAAGAAAUUGAGUGUAAAUGCCAUAUACCUAACUGUAGUUUUCUAAGGCAGAAAGAUGCAAAACAGAUAAGACUCUUUAAAUCAACAAGAAUCCUAGCAAAUUGAGGCAGAAAAAUUGUGAAAGUCCUCCUACACUUAAUAAUUAGAAGUAGAGAAAUGCACUUAAAUAAGAUAAAGCUGACUUAGCACCUAUUUUCUCAGUUGUCCACCUCAGAGAACUGGUAGCUCUGUUUCUAUCCAGUGUGAACUUUCCUCUGGUCUUGUAGAAGGAAGGCUUACUUGACUGAAAACAAAGUCAUUGACUCUGUAACUGAAUAUGUUAGUUUUGUCUUUUGACAUGAAGAAUGAACAUUCACAAAGAAGUCUAUGAUUAAUAUGUUAAAAAUAAGAAACCAAAAAAUAAUACAAAUAUAAUAAAAGUAUUUAAAGAAAGCUGCAGUAAACACUAUUACUGAAGAUAGAUAUAGAUAAUUAUGAAAAAUGUAGAGUAUUAAAUCUAAAUUAGCCUUUUAAAUAUGAUAGUAUAGUUAGAGUAGAAGAAUACAAAAAAUGUUUUUAUAACAUUGUUAAAUAAAUAGAUAACAAUUGUCAUAUUUUAAUUAUAAAAUUGUAUGGAUAGAGAGAAACAAUUACAUGUAUAAUUGUAGUAUCUAAUUCAUAUCAUAUUUUUAUGUCACUUCUCUUACUUUCUCAAAAUAUCAUAUUACUAGGGACUGAAUGUUGUUUUGUUUGUAAAACAUUUACAAUUCUGAGUCUCUGCACCUGAAUUAUGAAAUUAUGAAUUAUGAAACUGACUUUUAUCCUAGAAGUUGUAAAAUAAUUUCAUAUUUAUAAAUGUAACUAUAGUUAUAGAUAAGUAGUGUAUCUUUGAAAGUAUACACAUGUUAUUUUAAGACAGGGUAAUACGACACAAGGGAUCACACCUCUAAAGUGCUCAGUAGAUGUGGGAUCAAUCCAGCUCUACCAUAAACUCAUUGACCCUUGGGUCUGGACAUCCAUCUGUGCCCAUGGCAGAUUAAUGUGCUUAAUCCUGGACCCCACAGCUUGCCUGUCUCCCCAAAGGUCUGUCUUAUCCACUGACACAGAGCACCAUCACCCUUCUGGUCUGUACCUCCACCUGCAGCCAUGUCUUAUCAGAUUACCUACUCCUCAACUUCACACCCUAUGUGUAUCCCAGGAGGUCUGUCCUAAGCAGGAAUGUAGGAGGACUCCUCUAACCAGGGACACAAGAGGCCUACUCUAGUGAAAAUGGCCAUCUUACCAAAAGCAAUAUAGAGAUUCAAUGCAAUGUCCAUCAAAAUUCCAACACAAUUCUUUACAGAUCUUGAAAGAACAAUUCUAAAAUAAUUAUGGAAAACCCAAAAUCCCAGGAUUAAGUAAAAUAUUCCUGAACAAUAAAAGAACAUCUGGAAGUAUCACUAUCUCUGACUUCAAGCUAUAAAAUAGGGCAAUACUAAUAAAAACUGCAUGGAUUUGGCAUAGCCACCAAAAGAAUUGAUCAAUGGAAUUGAGUCAAAGACCCAGAAAUAAACCCGCAUAUA